AUGAAUGGAGGUACCACUACACCAGAGAGACCCCUAUCUCCGAGUGAGGGUUCCACUGAAUCUGGCUCUCAUGAGAUGUACAUUGGAAACAACUCGUUUGAACCAUAUGAGAAUCAGUUUUCGACCACCAGUCGCUUUAGGAAGGCUUGUGAAAUAAUGUGGAAGUUAAUCCAAUGUUUUAAUAUGCUUUUACUAUACGGUCUUGUGAUGGUGCUGCUCUUUGAAUUUACGAAAAUACGGAGCCUCGAAGCCAAGUUGGAAACCGAACAAAACAACAUCAACCUUUUGCAAUCCAAGAUUCAACAAGUGAAGUCAAGCAUUCCCAACACGACAAUGGCAGAGACGCAAAUUGAGGAAUUGGAUCAAAAAGUGCAAGCACAGGCACAAAAUAUCAAUUACGUGUUGAGUGGAACCUUUACCCUGCUGACUUGCCUGAUAAGCAUGUUUCACAUGUCAUCCCAUAUAUCCAAGAUGAAUCAACCAAUGAUUCAACGAAAGAUUAUCUCCCUGCUUUGGAUGUCUCCCAUUUAUUCCGUCACAUCAUUUCUGAGUCUUUUAUAUCCCCCUUUGGAAGGUGGGAUGAAGAUUAUCAAGGAUUUUUACGAAUCCUACUGCAUUUAUCAGUUCUUGAGUUUCAUGAUAUUUGUGCUGGGCCGAGGGAGUCGGGAUCGAGCGAUUGAGGUGCUGGCCAAGAAUGCGGAUCACUUGCGAAAACCUUCUCGACUGUUCAGUCGCUUUUAUGAUCCUCCACCGGAUACAUCCGCGGAGGCCAAGGCAAACGCUGUGAUUACGGACUGUCAAAUGUCAGCCAUGCAAUUUGUAUUCAUUCGGCCGUUGACAUCGAUCAUUUAUGUAGCCUUUGUCCUGCAACAUGAACUUAAUGGAGAGAAUCAGAGUGGUGGUGCCAAACAGACUCUACGAAAUGUGACACGACUGCUGGUCGAAAACGCGACAGCAACACUAAUGCCAACGCCUAGUCCAUCAUUCGCGGACGAUUCAGCUUCGCCUUCUUUCAUGGAUGAUUUUUUCAACUCGACAUCCUCUCCGAAUCCAACCUUUGCACCAAAUUCAUCAUUAUCUUUCACCAUGGCACCAUCUGUUUCGCCAUCCAUGCAAUCUUUAUUUGAAGAAGGCGAAGCAGAAGUGGAGGACGGGUUUCGGAACGCCCCAAACUACUUUCUGAGUCUCUCUUUCUACAUUGCGUUGGUGGUGAACUUUAGUGUCUUUUUGGCGUUUUCUGGGCUUUUGAAAUUCUACCAUGUGGUCCGCGAGGAUCUGCAGUGGAUUCGACCGUGGCCAAAGUUCUUGACUAUCAAGGGCGUUGUGUUCUUAACAUUUUGGCAGGGAGUAUUGAUUCUCAUGUUUGUUUACAUUGAGGAAAAUAAUUCUGGCGAAUCAGCGUCUGCGAGGGGAAGAAGAUAUCAGAAUAUCCUCAUUUGCUUGGAAAUGCUCUUCUUUAGUUUGACACACUGGUGUGUCUUUCCCGCGGAAGAAUGGGAAAAGGACUACCAACGAUCCAAACACACUGCUGCUGGAAUUGGAAUUCAGGACUUUGUUUCGGAUGUGAGUCAUAUUGUAAAGAGCGGGCGCGAGAGGCGAAAACGCCGUCGACGAGGACGAAAAACCAACGCUGAUAAGGGUGGUCUCUAUGAGACACCAACGUCAUCGAAAGGACCAAAUGUCUCGUUUGCAGAUGAACCUUUGUCAUCACCAGAAGGGGAGUCGGACGUGAAUAAUUUUGGAAGGCGCAUGUACGAUUUCGAGGACGACUUUGAAGGUCGGGAGAGAGUAAUGUCCGACGAUUCCAACUACAGCAACAGUGCUAGGUCCGAAGACUAUGAGAACGAAUUGAUAUAG